UUUGCUUUUGACGAAAUCAAACCUAAGCAAUAAUCUAACAAAAUGAAAAUGAUCAUUAUUGCCCUCGCUAUCGUGGCCGUCGUUGCCGCCGCACCUGUUGAGAAGGAGACCCUACAGCCCAAAAUCCUUCGCAGUGAAUUUGACCAACUCCUCGAUGGCAGUUAUAGUUACAGCUAUGAAACCGAAAAUGGUAUAAACCUACAAGAAAAGGGUGAACUUAAAGAAACUAUAGAUGAAGAUAACAAACCACACAGCGUCGUGGUAGUCCGUGGAUCCUUCUCCUACACCAACGACCAAGGCAAAUUGGAAACCAUCACCUACUACGCUGAUGAAACCGGCUUCCACCCUGAAGGAGACUCAAUCCCUAAGGUGCCUGCAUCCAGGAGAUAAAUAAUAACUACCAAGGAAAUUAACUAUGAAAAGAAAAUCGAUUAAAUAAUUAUUUUAUUUAGUCGGUUAAAGUAUAUGAGUAAAACAAUAAGUAAUCUCA